ACAAGCAAUUAUUAAAAAUGCCUGAUAAACCCGUAAAACAAGAUAGCAAAAAGGACGAUGGAGCGGAACUGGAAACGCAGAUUAUCAUGCGUAUGCCGAAGGAACCAGCUGCUGCUCUACGCGAAGCGAUACAAAGCGGUGCCAAUAAUCUGAAGGACCGACUUUUCAUACGUUUGGAGAACGAGCUGCGAUAUGGCGAAGUUCGGUUCGAUCAUUGGUUGCUGCAUGCGAAGGUUGUUGAUCUUCCCACGAUAAUCGAAUCGUUGAAAACAAUCGACUCGAAGAACUUCUACAAAACUGCGGACAUAUGCCAGAUGAUGAUUUGCAAGGAGGAACCCGAGCAACAGUCAGCCGAAGAGGAAUCGCCAAACAAAAACAAGAAAAAGGACCCAAACAAGGUGGACAAAAAGUACCUGUGGCCGCACGGUGUAACGCCGCCCUGCAAGAACAUAAGAAAGCGUCGUUUCCGUAAAACUCUCAAGAAGAAGUACGUCGAAGCACCAGAGAUAGAGAAAGAGGUUAAACGUUUGCUGCGCGUCGAUAAUGAAGCGGUCAAUGUAAAGUGGGAACUGAUCACCGAGGACGAAGAUCCGAACAAACCGUCGCCGGGAUCGGGCACAGAGACGGGACCACCCAACAAGAGUCCAUCGAAAAACACGAAAAAAGGCGAUCACAACAAAGACGUGGGAGAGCACGAUAUCUUCGGUGAGGAAGUUUCCGACUCGGAUGAGGAAGAUAAUCCGAUCAACAAAAAUAUCGACAUCGAUGAGAGUAGCAGAUUAUCGGCGGAAGCCGAUGAUAGCCGCUUGUCGGAUUCUAGCUCGUACCAAGGCACACAGCAGACCGAAAGAAACCCUGCGCUGGAAUUUAACAAAAGCAUGUUUAGUGGCGCUGGUUCGAGUGGCAGUGGGUACCGGGCAGCACGAAGGGCCGACACGGGUGCUACUACUAGCAGUGCCGGAGGAUCGAAAUCUAUGUCAUUCUUUCAGGGUGACAAUUCACGGUUGGAUUCCGAUAAUGAUUCGUCCGAUAUGCCGCACGGCGGUUAUGGAAAUAGUCAGAACAGUAAUGCCAAUAGUGCCACUGCCAGUACGAAUAAUAACGCACGCAUUUACGAGCUGCAGCGUCAGAUUAGCGAUCUGAAGACGCAGCGCAAUCAAAAGGAGCAGGAAAUUCGCACGAUCGAAAAUCAAACUUUGCGCCAGCGUUUGCAGGACAAGCUGGACAGCUUGCUGAUGGAAAUUCACGACAAGGAAAAGGAGAUUCACGAUCUUCAAUCGGGAGAAAAAUAUAAUUUGGACUAA